AUGAAUACUUGGGAACUUGAUGCUGCCCUCGAUGUGCUCACAAUGUGCAGCUGCCACUUGACUGAAUGUGAUUCUGUUAGGAAUGAGGUAUUUGCUCCUUUAUGGUCUUACAGCGGAAACAAGCUUUGCAGAGAUACAGCCAUAUACUUGGUGCUGAUGAUCGUUAUAGCAAUUGGCAAUAGCUACGAAAUGGAUGACCUUGCUUUCCUUAAUGAACAAGAAGAUGCGCCCGGCAAGCCUGAUAAAAAGGGUAGGGGAAUUGAUUGCGGCGGGGCGCCGGAGAGGAAGACGAAGAUGGCAGCUGGAUUCCAAUCUAUCGUCGCAACUCAACCCGCCGCUCUCUCAGCUCCGGCGCAACUCAACCCGCCGCUCUGA